AUCAAAACAUCAUGGCGGCUGGUUUCAAGACUGCCGAGCCUCUGGAGUACCACAGAAGCUUUCUGAAAGAAAACUGUCGACCUGAUGGACGGGAGCUGUCAGAAUUCAGAACCACAACACUGAACAUAGGGUCCAUAUCCACGGCAGAUGGCUCAGCCUUGGUGAAGGUUGGAAACACCACGGUCAUCUGCGGGAUCAAAGCGGAGCUGGCAAACCCUACAGUGGAGGCACCUGAGAAAGGUUACAUUGUGCCCAACGUGGACCUGCCGCCUCUGUGCUCCUCUCGGUUUCGGCCGGGCCCUCCAGGAGAGCAGGCGCAGGCUGCCAGCCAGUUCGUCGCUGAUGUUAUUGAAAGCUCUGAAGUGAUACAGACGGAGGACUUGUGCAUUGACAGGGGAAAGCUCUGCUGGGUGCUCUACUGUGACCUGAUGUGUCUCGACUACGACGGGAAUGUGUUGGACGCUUGUCUCAUUGCCCUGCUGGCUGCCCUGAAGAACACACAACUCCCAGAGGUCACCAUCAACACAGAGACGUGCGCCCCCGAGGUGAAUUUAGAAAAGAGACGAGGGCUUCGUGUUCACAAACAUCCAGUUGGUGCCUCCUUUUGCGUCUUCGAUGACUCCAUACUGAUCGUAGACCCCACCGCUGAGGAAGAGGGUCUGUCCACCGCUCAGCUCACUGUGGUGACGGAUGAGGAAGAUCGACUCUGCACUCUACACAAACCAGGGGGGACGUCACUGUCGGGAGAGAAGCUGCAGGAGUGUAUCAGCAGAGCGACAGCGCGACAGAGAGAGAUCCAGAAACUCAUCGACAAAGUCAUACAUAGUUUGAAGACAGCAAAAUAAAGAGCCUCAGACAACGCUUUUUUAUCUAAAAGCUGUAUUUUCCAUUGUCAAUAUAUAUUCUUUUUUUUAAUAACAAUAAAACUGCUGACAAAGACUGCU